UUUUCUUCCUUUUUUAGUUCCAUUUUUUUACAAAAAAUUUUUUUAUUUAAAUUUUAAAAUGAAUUUUCUUGCAAAACAUUUCUUUGAUUACCAAUCAGUUAUUAAUUUACCCCAUACAGCAGUUCAAAUGCAUAAAAUGCCCCCUUCCCAAGCUGGCUGUGAUCCUAGUGCUGCUUGGGCCCCAAAGGAUUUACAUGUUUCAGGCAAAAAUCAUGCAGCGCCCGCUGCUCGUGCUAAUCGGGGUUAUCAUGGGGGAGAUCAAAGGACGGGAAGUCAUCGACAUGGAAGACCGAGUAAAUUAGAAUUUAGAAAUUGGGGAGAAAGGCAUGGAGAAUUACGUUCAGAAAAGAUAAUUCCCCACACAGAAAAUUGGAUUGAAAAAGAAAAAGAUUUUAUUGGAAGGGAAGAAAAUAAUUGUAGUAAUUGUGGAGGGCUUUCUGUUGCAGCAACAGCAAUUAUAGGUCCAGGCCCGUCUUUAAAUAAUUUUCAAAAACAAAAAUUGAUAAAUUAUUCAUCAAAAAGACAACCACCACCCCUUCCCCAAUCUUCUUUAAAUAAAAAUAAAACAAAACAACAACAAAAAGAAUUAUUUCAAAAAAAUAUUUUAAUUAUUUUAACUUUGGGGGAACAUUUCGAUUUUUUAACUUUAACUUUAAAAACUUUGAAGGGUUUUUGGAAUUUAGAAAAAGAAAAAGAUAUUGUUAUUAAUUUACGUUUAUUUGAUUCUUCUAAAAUUGUGGAUGAACGUAAAAAAUUAAUUUCUUCAAAACAACAAAAAGAAGAAGAAAUUUUGGAAGAAAAAGAAGAAGAAGAAUAUUUAUUGGGGCAAUCAUUCCUUUUAAAAUCUCCAAAUUAUUUACGUUUACCUUUUUGUCAAUUAAAUAUUAAUAUUUUAUUUGAAAAUUUUGGUGGUUAUUAUUUAUUAAUUGGGCCUUCAGGAAGUAUUUCUAAAGGAAAUAUUCAUUGGAAACAAAUGAUUAAACAACCUAGUUUUUUAACUUAAAUUAUUUAAUUAUUUUCUUUUAAAGAUACUCCAAUAGCUAUGUGGCACGAAUUAAUUCCUUUA